CGAAAGGACAUGAUGUCAGCUGGAUGGGAGUAAAUCUGAAAGAGAAACAGGGCUUCUGCAUCCCAGAUGAGAGAGACUCGGGAACAGCCCCCGUGGGAAGCACUUUGGUGCCCAGUGACUUGACCCCGGAGGAGUGCCAGGAGCUGGAGAACAUCCGUCGCCGCAAGCAGGAGCUGCUGGCUGACAUACAGCGGCUGAAAGAUGAGAUAGCAGAGGUGACGAAUGAGAUUGAGAACCUGGGAUCCACGGAGGAGAGGUGA